AUGGCCGCCGCAAAAGUCUACGUCGGAAACCUCUCGUGGAACACCACCGACGACAGUCUCGCCCACGCCUUCUCGGCUUACGGUCAGCUCACCGACUACAUUGUCAUGAAGGACCGUGAGACCGGCCGCUCGCGUGGUUUCGGCUUUGUCACCUUCGCUUCCCAGGGCGAGGCUGACGCUGCCAUCGCCGCCCUCAACGAGCAGGAGCUCGACGGCCGUCGCAUCCGUGUCAACAUGGCCAACUCCCGACCUGCCGGCGGUAUGGGCGGUGGCUACGGCGGUGUCACUGGCCAGUACGGCGCCAACUCGUACGGCGGCCAGGGUGGCUACGGCGGUGGCUUCGGCGGCCAGCCCGGUGGAUUCCAGCAGCAGGGCGGCUACGGUGGCUACCAGCAGCCCGGCUUCCAGCCCCAGCAGGGUGGCUACGGCGCUCCCCAGCAGGGCUACGGUGCUCCUCAGCAGGGCUACGGUGCCCCCCAGCAGGGCUACGGCGCCCCUCAGCAGGGCGGUGGUUACGGUGGCUACAACGGCCAGAGCCAGUAA